CGGAAAUCCAUUGAUUUCUGGCCGUUCUUCGUGUGUCAUGCGCGGAAUGUUGAUGCGGAGCACCUUGCACCAGUCGCUGCUCCUUGCGGGUGCAGCGGUCUUCGCAGGUUCCGCUUGGUCUUUCUUGCGCUGGUGGAAGCAACGCGCAAAGCGCUCUGCACAGCAUGCCAUCACUGCACUCUUCGCACAGGUUCAGGCGAUGAACAAAGGGAUUGCCAUGGUGGUCUCUGAUGCCACGUCUUCCAACUUCAGCGUCCGAAACCUGUCCAAGUAUCUACUUCAACGUGGACUAUGUCCAAGUAACGACUUGUUCAGAGAUGCCAAAGUGCUUCUCAGCCUGCUUCAAGAUGAAGCCAGCGAGAAGAACUCUGGACAAACUGGAGCUUCGCGGAUCUUUGCACACGCGCUGAAGCCUCAGGUGAUCAAGGCCAAACGACUUCAGCAGCUGUUCCCAGAGAUCAAAGAAAGUUAUGUGCAGCAGCCACUAGACUAUGGCCGAAAUUCUCGCUAUGGAGAUGAAUGGCGCAUCUCUUGCUAUAUGGUGGUUAUGGAAAAUUGGAAGCCAAAGAUCAUGCCCCAUGAGCCCAUGUUGAGGUGUUUGGGAGAGGUGAUGCGCGAGUGCGUCAAAAGCUUUGAGUGCUGGUACUGUAGCCUGAAGGGCUUUAAACAGGGCAGCAAACCGUUCUCUGUGAUGAAUGCUUUUGUCACGAGAUAUCGCCCACUGCACGGCGAGGAUGAGCUGAAGAAGCAUAUCGAUGGGGCCAACGUGGAUGGUUCAUGCAUCCUGGCGCUUCCCACGGAUGAACCCUUUGAGGGCGGAGCGUUGCAUGUUUGGGAUGGCAAACCAAAGCAGGAGCUGGUCUACAAAAUGGCACCAGGAGACUGCAUAUUCAUGGAUACCAAGAUUUGGCAUCAGGCCAAGCCAAUCACCGCCGGGAGCCGCUGGGCACUGGUGCUGUUCCUGAAAUUGGCGCGCUAGGAAUCCGCGUUUGAGUUGGCGAGUUGCAGAUGGUAGCGACAUGUUUUUUUCCU